AUGUCAACUAGUCAAAAUACCAAAUCAAUCCAAGACACUGCAACCACAUCUUUUACAUCAACUUCCAAUGCCUUUGAGGCCGACGAACUGAAAAGAUAUCGCAAGUACUGGUGGAAAACUGGAAAAUUGCACUCGAAGGCCAAGUGGGAAGAAGCAAUAUUCCAAUACGCUGGGCAGCAAGGUUCACUUAG